AAUAUUUUGCAUGAAGGAAAUGAUGGACUAAACUGGGCGUGGUGACUCGUGGGUGACGGCUUUUUGCAUUUUAGGAGCACAAUAGUCUGGUCUGUGACAACACAACAAAUAUAUCCUUGGCUUUGUCACUCAGUUCUUUAAUUCAUUAUGAGUACCACAGCAGAAUUCAUAGAUGGUGCCAACUUUGUAGAAGCCAUUCAUUCUGUGCGAGAUGACAACACAGAUGAUAAGUAUGUCUUGGUCCAACAUGUGGAGGAAAACCCCAAUAAACUGACCAUUCUGCGGACAGGUCAAGACCCAGCAGAGUUAGUGGAAUAUUUAGAUGAUUGCCAGGCUAUGUAUGCACUAGCCAGAUACGAGUCCACGUUUGAUAUGUCCAACACCAUCAAAUUUGUCUACUUUAGAUGGAUGGGAGACAAAAUACCAUUUGGGAAGAAGGGCCGCUAUGGGGUUGUCCAUGGAAGCAUAGAAGAGAAGUUCCACCCUUUUCACUUAAUGGUAGAAACAAGCUCACGAGAUGAUUUUGAUACAGACAAGAUUUUACAACAGUUAGAAGAAAAUACAGGAAAGAAAUCAAAAGUUUUAGAAACAAAAACACCAGGAAUGCAAGAGAGAGGAUUCACAAACAGUCAACUCCCUCAAAAGAGAGCUCCCCAGCCCUCUGUGGCCGCCCCAGAGGUGUCAAAAAUAGGAGGAAGGAUAGAUAUUACCUCAGAUGUCAUGUGUGCAAUAGGAGAGGUGCGAAAGGAUGAUAAUGAUACAAGAUGGAUGCUGGCAGAAUAUGAAACUGCAAAAGGGCCAGUCACAUGCACAGGCAAAGGGUCAGGGGACAUCUCAGAACUUAAAGAGAUGCUUGAUGAUGCUAAAGUGAUGUAUGGUUUAUACCGGGUCACAGACACUGUAGAUGAUAUCACCACAGUUAAAUUUGUACACAUUCAAUGGGUUGGUUGCAAUGUGAAGCCGAUGAUGAGAGCCAAAAUCUCCACCAACAAAGGAAUCAUGGAGGAAGCAUUCACUCCAUUCCAUGUCAAUAUAUUUGCCACAGAAUUAUCUGACAUUUCAGAGAAAAUCAUUAUGGAUAAGGUGACAGCAGCAUCAGGAACCAUGUCACAUGUUAAAUAAACAGGAAGUAUAUCCAAUUUCAAAUAAACAGGAAGUUCAACAGAUUGGAGCAUUAGGAAUUUGAUUUUAGCUUAAUUUGCAUUCCAUCAGCAUUAAUUGAUCACUAACAAAUGCAUUGAUGAGACUUUCAUUCUUUUACUAAAGUCGUUAGCUGUUGCGUUAUUUUUUCAAUAGUUAUAGAUCAUUUCUCAUUCAUCUAUGUGCAUUUUUUAAGUUAGCAAGAUAUGUUUUUAAAAAUAUAUUCUUAUAACAAUAGGGAUGAAUCUGAGAGUUAUUUUUUUUUAUUAUAAAUGCUGGUUUAUGCAUUAUGAGCUUAUUUUUUAUGAAUAGGAGUUGGUCUGAUUGAUAUUGUACAUGUUUUGUAUUUUUGUACACUGUGUUUCUUCCAUAUAUAAAUCUACCUUACAUAUGAAUCAGUCCUGGAUUGACUUUACAUAAUGUAUGUUACAUGUUUACUAUAUUGUUUUUAUUAUUAUUAUACCAGGAUAUUACAUUAUAUUUUUUUACUAUUAUGUAAUUUACAUGACCAGUAUCUAGAUAUUUUCAUUACUUUGUACACUGAACAAAAUAAAUAGGCCUAUGUACCUGCAUGCUAUGCAUUUAUACAGAUAAAUGUACAUGUAAUUGUUUCAAUGAAUUUUAAAUUUUCAUUGAGAAUUCUAGCUGUUUAAGGUUUUUCCUGAUAAAUGUGAAAUGAGAUCAGAAUAAAAAAUUUCAUGUAUUUAAACCCACUAUAUGGGUUUGGUAUAUAAAUUAACAUUUUAACUGGAUUUUAAUAGAGCAGGGUAGCAUUUCUAUGACUACUAACAGUGCCAUGUUUUUUACUAAUCAGCAUAUGCAUUGCAAUCUAAAAAAAAUUUGUAAGUCAUCUAGUCCACUAAGAGCUUUAAUUAUUACAAAGUUAUUGUACAAUUAAUGUAGAAAGACAUAAAAUCUGUGUUUAAUCAUUUUAGUAAUUAUUCGUUAAGAAAGUGAAUAUUCAAAUAUCACUGUAUAUGUACACUAUUUGAUUCUUGAUCAUUUUUGUCAUAAUGACUGCAUUCCUGUAUCUCAUCUAUUAUACUUUUCAUCAAUAAGUGUAAGGUCUACAGGUAACUUUGUUAACUGUUGGGGCCAUACACUCUAAUAUAUAGACUUAAGUUUUUCUGAUAUGAAAGCUUCAGUUUUAGGAUGGUAUUAUUUGAUUUGUUAAACACUUAAAAAAUAAAUACCAAGUCUUUGCA